UGUGUGUUGAUUGCGGGAUUUCUUUUAUUGUUCUAUUUGCCAGAUAUCAUGACUGCACAAAACAAAGAAACCGAAAAACCAAACCAUGGCAGCAGUGCGUUGGACGAGAAAGAUAUUGCUUUGAUGAAAUCCUAUGGUUUGGGACCUUACGCCCUGAAUAUAAGAAAGUUGGAACAAGAAGUUAAAGACAAACUCACACAUAUCAACCAAAUAUGUGGAAUAAAAGAAAGCGAUACCGGUUUGGCACCUCCAAGUCAGUGGGACUUGGUUGCCGACCGACAAACUAUGCAAGAAGAACAACCCCUACAAGUAGCUAGAUGUACCAAGAUAAUCAAUCCAAAUACGGAAGACGCCAAAUAUAUGAUCAACGUGAAACAAAUUGCCAAGUUUGUAGUCGGUCUUGGAGAAAAAGUUGCUCCAACGGACAUCGAAGAGGGCAUGCGAGUGGGAGUAGAUAGAAACAAAUAUCAAAUACAGAUCCCUUUACCACCCAAAAUUGACCCUUCUGUGACUAUGAUGACGGUAGAAGAAAAACCCGAUGUUACAUACAACGACGUGGGAGGUUCGAAAGAACAGAUUGAGAAAAUUCGAGAAGUUGUUGAGUUGCCACUGUUGAAUCCAGAAAAAUUUAUUGCUCUUGGUAUUGACCCUCCCAAGGGAGUAUUAUUGUAUGGACCACCUGGUACUGGGAAAACUUUGUUAGCACGAGCAGUUGCUAAUCGUACCGAUGCUUGUUUCAUACGAGUGAUUGGUUCCGAACUGGUACAAAAAUAUGUCGGUGAAGGAGCUCGAAUGGUGAGAGAAUUAUUUCAAAUGGCACGUUCCAAAAAGGCUUGUAUUAUAUUUUUUGAUGAAAUCGAUGCGAUUGGAGGUGCUCGCUUUGAUGAUGGUGCUGGAGGAGAUAAUGAAGUUCAACGUACGAUGUUGGAAAUUGUCAAUCAAUUGGAUGGUUUUGAUGCACGUGGAAAUAUCAAGGUUUUGAUGGCAACCAAUCGUCCUGACACACUGGACCCAGCUUUGUUAAGGCCUGGUAGAUUGGACCGCAAAAUAGAGUUUGGUUUACCUGAUUUGGAAGGAAGAACGCAUAUCUUUCGUAUACAUGCAAAGAGUAUGAAUUGUGAACGCGGCAUUCGUUUUGAACUGUUGGCUCGAUUAUGUCCCAAUACGACCGGUGCCGAUAUACGAAGUAUUUGCACAGAAGCUGGUAUGUUUGCUAUACGGGCGAGAAGAAAGACAGUCACAGAAAAAGACUUUUUACAAGCCAUUGACAAAGUAGUCAAAGGAUAUGCAAAAUUUUCUUAUGUUAGCAAGUACAUGAUAUUCAAUUGAAUGGAACGAUAUAUGUACAAUCUUUUGUGAGAGAACUUAAUUA